AUGGCUCACGAAAAUUUCUCUCUUUACCGUCAGACACUGUUGAGCCGACAGCAUCGAUACGAUGCCUCUGUCCAGCUCGGCGAGUACACUCCUUUCCUCUAUCCGUGGGACACGCUACCGGCGCUGUACUUGUUCCUCGCUGUUUCAAUCACUCCACGCCUUCCCUUGAGCGUGGCCAGAGCUGUCCGCUACAUUGCGUUCAUUCUCGUACUCCUACAUGGCGCCUAUGUGGUCUCUCACCGGCGUACACUCUGGUUUGCUGGUGGGUAUGGAAUCGGGUUAUCUAGUGCCUGGGGGAUCAUCAUGUCAGGUGCUGUCCUGGUGUGCAACGACCUGGAGCGGGAUUUCAAAAGGCUUGAGACACGAGUUGUGAGCUCGAAAGCCGGCAACCAUCAAGAGAACGGAUCAGCGCCCCAUCCUGCUUCUUCAGACUCUGGGAAGCCAGUCGACAUUGUGAGACGAAGGACUGCAAGCGUUUACGCCCCAGCCGAUCCCAAACAGAGAUCUUCUGAUGUCCUGGAGCAGCCAGCUACCCGACCGUACAGACUGGUAUGGCAAGGCUUUCCUUAUGGUGAUGGCAUGCUUCACCUUAUCGACUGGACAGUGGACCUCAUGACGAGCUUUCGAGGUGUGGGUUGGAAACAUCGAAUCUCGACUGCCCAUUCUAUCGAUGCACCAGUACUGCCCGAACGAGAGGAAGAAGAGCCUCGGUGCAAAAGUCAUGAGGAGAGCAAGCCGAUUUCGAUUUCAACCCAAAAGUUAAGAUCUCUUCAGAUGAGGGCUGUACAGGACUUCAUGGUCAACUACUUACUUCUGGAUCUACUAAAGACUAUGUUCAUUACUGAUCCCUAUUUCCUUGGGUUGGCGCCACUGGAGAGUCCUACACCGUGGCACUGGCUGAACCGCCUCAACGAGACUCUUCCUAUUGCAACACGCCUUGUACGACUCUCUCUGUCCAUGGCAGGUGUCAUCGUGGCACUAUCGUUUAUUUUCAGCCUGAAUCCUCUGUUCUUUGCCACCAUCCUCCCGAGGCUGGUUGACAUAUCAAAGCUCACAAAAGCACCAUUGCUCGAGCCGAGCCUAUAUCCCCGAAUGUGGUAUCCGCUUACGACUUCGGUGAUGUACUCAGGUCUAGCAGGGUUCUGGGGCAAAUUCUGGCACCAAAUGUUUCGGUUCGGCAUCUCGGAGCCUUCGCGGGUACUGGUCAAGCAGCUUCGACUGAAUCCACGUGGCAAUGUUGCGAGAGUAAUGCAGCUCUUGAUCGCAUUCGGCUUGUCAGGCACAAUCCAUGCGCUCGGGAGUUACUCGACGUUCUCUCUCCAACAAUCUCACCCUUUGUCUGGCCCAUUGCUGUUCUUUCUCUUGCAAGCGCUAGGCAUCUUUCUACAGACAUCCGUGGUCAAGCUGGUGGAUGCACGCCUCUCCUGGGUCAGGGCGACGCCAUUAACUGUUCGCCAGACAAUCAACCUGAUCUUUGUUCUAAUUUGGCUUUACUUCACCGGCCCGCUUUUGGCCGACGAUUUCGCGCGUUGUGGGAUCUGGCUAUUCGAACCUGUGCCUAUCAGCACCCUGCGUGGACUAGGUUUCGGACCAGGUGGGAAGGACGAAGGAUGGUGGACAUGGUAUCAGGAGGGCUCGCGGCUGACGGGCUUGUGGAAGGGCGAGAAAUGGUGGGAAAGAGCAUUGGCCAUAUACUAG